AUGACUUACUCGGGACUUAUAACCAAAACCGAUGUAUUGCGGAGUAAAGUGACGGCAACCGACCAGUUUGAGUAUCAGACAACUUGUGUCGAGCAUUUCACUCGACUGAGAGCUCAGCAGUCUGAUCGCUGCAUAAGCCACUGCCUAUUGCGCGCGCAAACUGCUAAACUCUACAAUCUUCAAUACUCUCCAUUGCUAUUUACAACACCCGUACAGAUUUGUUUGGCCGUCUAUCUAAUCUAUCAGCAAUUAGGUGUGGCCGCAUUUGUAGGUCUGGCCAUUUUGAUUGCCGUUAUACCUACAAGUUUCAUACUAACCGUAUUCAAUGGUCUAUCCAAACAAAAACAGUUUGAAUUCAAAGACAAUCGGCUAAAUAUAAUGAACGAAAUACUAAAUGGUAUUAAAAUUUUAAAAUUAUACGCUUGGGAAAUACCGUACAUUAAAAUGGUUAACAAAAUACGUAACCGUGAACUAAGACACAUGUUUUGCGCCGGCCUAUGGUUUAUGGUUACACUGAUACUAACCUUUACAGUGCCAAUGAUUGCACAGUUGGCCACUUUCGGCACGUUUAUAGCUAUUGAAGGGGAGGACAAAAUUAAUGCCCAACGUAUAUUUGUAUCAGUUUCGUUGUUUACGUUAGUUAACAAUAGUAUUGUAACAUUUCCAUUUGCUUUCAAUUCAAUUAGCUUGAUAUAUGUAUCACUUAAACGAAUCGACAAAUUUCUCAAAUUACCCGAACAUUACAAUUAUGUUAAAAACAAUGAUAGCAAACAAUUUUCAGUGACUGUAGAUAUGGCAACAUUUUCAUGGAUAGGCAAUGAAAAUGAUUUACAAACAACAACAAUACCAAACAUUACUACAAUCACUACCACUACCACCACCACCAACAACAACACAUUGAUAGAUAUAAAUCUAGACAUCGGUUACGGUAUGUUUGUAGCAGUGGUCGGCGGUGUCGGCUCUGGAAAGAGUUCAUUAUUAUCGGCACUGAUUGGUGAUAUGGAACUGAUAGACGGAUCAGUUAACAUAGCAGAGGGACAAACUAUGGCUUAUGUUCCCCAACAGUCAUGGAUACUGAAUGCAACCCUCAAAGACAACAUACUGUUUAACAAAGCAUACGAUCCGAUUAAAUACAGUCAAGUUGUGAGUUCCUGUGCUCUCCAACCAGAUCUUAGACAACUAUCCGGCGGAGAUGAGACUGAAAUCGGCGAAAAGGGUAUCAAUUUGAGUGGCGGUCAAAAACAAAGAGUCAGUUUAUGUCGGGCCGUCUAUUCUGAUGCCGACAUCUAUUUGUUUGACGAUCCGUUGUCCGCAGUGGACAGUCAUGUGGGCAAACAUAUUAUGACCGAAGUAUUUAGUUCGCAAACCGGUUUAUUACGUCAAAAAACCCGUAUUUUGGCCACCAAUCAGCUGUUUGUGUUACCCGAUGUCGACCUUAUUGUCGUAUUGAAAGACGGCUCAGUGGCCGCUAUCGGUACUUAUGAACAGCUGUUGGACAACAAUCGUGAGUUUAACGAUUUGGUCGCACAAUACUCGGUCAACAAUAGACAACAAAAAGACGAAGAAGAUGAAGAAUUAGAAGAAGCAGAUAUGUUAACUGAUGGUCGACAUAGCACUGGUAGUAUCGACGUCAUCAACUCAUCAACAAUAGAACCUACUGUUGAUACUAAUAGUGACCAACCAUUCAAUAUGACAACCAUUUCUAAUACACAGCUUAUCAAUGAAGAGCACUUGGAGUCUGGAGUAAUCAAGUUUGGUGUUUAUAUAAAAUAUAUCCGUUCAAUGUCUACUAUACUAUUCAUCAUAUUUUUGAUUGGUUUAAUAGGAGCUAAUGUUUGUCAUAUUUAUGUCUACAAUUGGCUGUCCGAAUGGACAUCGGAUAUCACCAACCGAUCCAAAACACAAUACUAUCUGUCAGUGUGUGCUGGUUUGAUUGCUAGUUUGAUUGCUGGCGCCCGACGGGCUGCCCAACAAUUGCACGGCCAGAUACUUGAGCGUGUAAUGCACGCACCCAUGACAUGGUUUGAUACGACACCAUUGGGUCGGAUAUUAAACAGAUUUAGCAAAGAUCUCGAUGUUUUGGACGGAGAGUUAUGUGAUUAUAUUAAGUAA